AUGGAAGAAUGGCUUCGUGCCGCUGGAGGUUGUCCCACUAGCAUAGGUUCGCUUACUGGCAUGGCCAACGGUGGCACAUGGGCAGAAGAUGGCAAAAAAGAUGGCAUUGCACUGCACGAGAGCGGAGUCGUGACGACGAACGGGUAUCAGCAUGGACCUUGCUAG